UGUCACUCAGCCCGUGUCUUUCUCUGUGUCUUUCUCUGUCUCUGUCUCUGUCUCUCUCAGGAUGGACCAGUUUCAUUAUGGAUUGAUUAUUGUCUUUCUGCUGCUGAUGGACUGUUUACACUCAGUUUACAUCACCGAAGACUCAGGUUCCCUCCAUCAGGUCCUGUCAGAGUUCAGUGUCGUGCAUCCAAUCAGGACAAAUUCAGAGGGCCGUUUCCUGUCGGCAUCAGUCUCCAUCCACCACCUGCACCACCGCAGUAAAAGACAAGCUGGCUCCACAGAGGACACGUCCACUGAUGCAACCAAUGGCGGACAGACUCGAACAGACACGCCCACAUCACAACAGUCUCCGCCCAUGCACGAGUCCCUGUCCAAUCAAACAGGACGUAGCUGGAGGGGGCGGGGUGACAGGACUGAGGAGGCGGAGCUUUUCUACAACGUGACGUUGUUCGGUCAGGAGCUCCACCUUCGUCUGCGUCCUAACGCUCAUCUCGUCGCCCCCACCGCCACCAUGGAGUGGUGGGAGGAGUCAGGAAGUAAACACUCUCAGCCAAUAGGAGACACGGACUGUUUGUACACAGGAGAGGUGUCCAACAUGGAGGACACAUCAGUCGCCAUCAGCAACUGUGACGGACUGGCGGGCUUAAUCCGGACGGGUCAUGAGGAGUUUUUCAUUGAGCCGUUGGAUCGAUGGCAGACAGGAAGAGAGGAAGAGGAGGGGGAGGAGGGAGGAAGACAGCACAUUGUUUAUCGCUCAUCAGCCAUCAUAAAGAAACAACCGUCUGCCAAUCAAACAGCCGACGACUUCAUCAGAGGUCCUCUUUUAGGUCCUCUGAUCCUGGAACAGAACAUCCUGUGGUCCGGAUCCGGAUCAGCUCGACGACGGCGCUACAUUGAAGAGGCUGAACUGUUUAACAUCGAGGUUCUGUUAGCUGUGGAUUAUUCUGUCCUUCUUUUCCACGGCCGAGACCACAUUCAGAAAUAUCUCCUGACACUCAUGAACAUCGUUAAUGAGAUCUAUCAGGAUCAUUCUCUGGGUGCCAACGUCAACAUUGUCCUGGUCAGGAUCAUCAUGUUGUCUCCAUCAAAGUCCCAGGAGCUGAUCUCUGUGGGGAACCCCCAGAAGAGUCUGGAGAAUGUCUGUGGAUGGUCGUAUCUCCAGCACAAGGAGACGAGUCAUGCCGAGCAGCACGACCACACCAUCUACCUGACCAGGCAGGAGUUCGGCCCCUCCGGCAUGCAGGGGUACGCUCCAGUUACAGGAAUGUGUCACUUGCAUCGGAGUUGCGUCCUCGUCUUUGAAGAUGGGUUUUCUUCAGCGUUUGUAGCUGCCCACGAAACAGGACACGUGUUAGGGAUGGAGCAUGACGGUGAAGCAAAUGACUGUGCUGAUGAUGUGCCGGUGGGCAGCAUCAUGUCUCCGCGGGUUCAAGCCACCUUCCAUCGAUACCACUGGUCCCGCUGCAGCUGGAGGGAGCUGCACCAGUACCUGCAUACCUACGACUGUCUCCGUGACGACCCGUUCCACCAUGAUUGGCCAGCUCAGCCUCAGUUGCCGGGGUUUCAGUACUCCAUGGACCAACAGUGUCGCUUCGACUUCGGACCAGGAUACAGCCUCUGUACUGCGUAUCCGACCCUUGACCCCUGUAAACAGCUUUGGUGCAGCGACUACCACAACCCCUUCUACUGUAAGACCAAGAAAGGUCCACCGCUGGACGGGACAAAGUGUGGACCUGGAAAGCACUGUUUUAAAGGUUUCUGCAUGAAGCUGACCCCCGACAUGCUGAGACAGGACGGCAACUGGGGAUCAUGGAGUCCUUUUGGCGGCUGCUCCAGGUCCUGCGGGGGCGGGGUCAAGUUUCGGGCCCGGCGCUGCGACAGCCCAGCUCCAGCCAACGGGGGGCGUACCUGCUUUGGAAACAACUACGAGUUUCAACUGUGCAACAAAGAAGAGUGUCCGCCGCUGACUGACUUCAGAGAGGAUCAGUGUAACGUCUGGAAUCCGUUCUUGGAACAUGAAGGACACAAACAUCACUGGCUGCCGUAUGAACACCCUGACCCUGAUGAGCGUUGUCGUCUGUUCUGUCAGUCCAAGGAGACGGCCGCCGUGGUUUCCAUGAACAGAAUGGUGCAUGAUGGGACGCCGUGUUCAUACGGCGAUGCCCACAGUGUCUGCGUCCGAGGAGAGUGUGAGGUCUUUAUUUUGUUUCAGUUUCUCAUGUUUUCUCAUGUUUCUGGCCAUCAGGUCCGUUCCCAUGGCGAGUCCAAGGUGACUGUAUCCUAUAAGUAUGUCAUCCAGGAUCGUCUCCGGUCCUCACUGGAGUCCAACCUGGUACAGGAGGAUGCCAUCUUCUACGAGUGGGCACUGAAGAAGUGGUCACACUGCUCCAAACCCUGUGGAGGAGGGAAACAGUACACGAGGUUCGGCUGCAGGAGGAAGGCGGAUGGGAAAAUGGUUCAGAGGACGUACUGCUCCAACAUCAACAAACCAAGAGCCAUCAGCCGCACCUGCAACACUGAGACCUGCAGUCCGCCACGCUGGAUGACCGGGGAGUGGGGGGACUGCAGCGCCACCUGUGGUCAGACGGGGUGGCAGCGUCGUUGGGUGAGCUGCCAGCAGACGUCCAGCAAGGGGCAGCAGCAGCGCUCAGUCAACAGCAAACUCUGUGGUGAAGACCGACCAGAAGGGAGACGAACCUGCAACCGCUUACCCUGUCCUGCUGCCUGGCGAGCUGGGCCCUGGACCCCGUGUUCAGUGUCGUGUGGAAACGGGACUCAGGAGCGUCAGGUGGCGUGUUUAAGUCCAGAGGGUUCGGCUCGAAACUGCAGCAACCCUCGACCAAUCACAACCCGCACCUGUCAUCCCCCACCUUGUAACGGCGACCAAAAGAACGCCAUCAUUCAGUGGCUGUCCAGGUCCAACCCAGACUUCCCAGCUCCAAAGAUCUCCUCCAGGCAGCGUUGCCGUGGUGACCGCUCAGUGUUUUGUCGGAUGGAGGUGUUGAGUCGGUACUGCUCCAUCGCUGGAUACCGUCAGAUGUGUUGCAAGUCCUGCAGCGAGGUGAACCUCAGCAACUCGCACAACUCCAGCAUCUCUGAUAACUCCAGCACCUCCAGCAACUUCAGCAUCUCUGACAACUCCAGCACCUCCAGCAACUUCAGCAUCUCUGAUAACUCCAGCAACUUAGACAACUUCAGCUUCUUCAGCAGCACAAUCCUGCCGACCGCCAACAGCAGUUCAUGGAGUUCAACCACAGAGGCGAUGACAUCAGCAUCCACCUCCUCCUGGUCUGACAGCAGCUACAUCACAAGUGACAUCAUCACUGACAUCAUCAGCUCGCCACAUCCCAGCUUCACUGUAACCCCGCCCCCCACCGUCAGGAGCACCACUGACUUUGUGUAUGUGGACUACGAUGAUUACGAUGAUUUUUCGUCCUACGAAGAUCCUUCUAUUUCCUCUGACACCCCUGACAUCAUCCCAACUACAACUAUGACUACGACAACUACAACUACAAGGCGUCCAAGAAAAACGGCCCCACCACAUUUAUUCAAGAGGAAAACUACCUCUCCCACAAUGCCCCCUGUUGCAGUUCCAAUAGCAACAACUGAAGGUUACAGUCCAACCCCGGCACUGAUCAGGACGUCUGCUGUCCCAGAGUUUCCCACAACACCAUCAUUUGAUCCUGAUGUCAUCAACACCACCACAUCAUCACCAAACAGAACAUCAGGGAGACGGAGCCUUCCAACAGAAACUGAACCAACAUCGUCAUCAUCUUCCUUCUUCCCGCUCUCUAAGAAGGAUAACAACUCGGUGGACGAGGUCCCAUACCGGAUUGUGGGAUUGGAUGGUGACAUCACCAGGGGGCAGCAGAACUACUUUGUGCCGCGGAUGCCGCCGGUCCGCGAGCGAACGCAAAACAAACGAAUUCAGCAGCUGCUGAAUGAGAAACGACGGAAGGAUCUUGUGAAGAGACCGAACAGGAGCAGAGAGGGCAGGACUGACAGGAAACACGCUGGAUUAUAGAAACACUUGUUGUUGUUUUUCACUUGUGAUGACGCAUGUGCAGCUUGCUCACUUUCUGCUAAUGCUAACGAACUCUUUAUGAGAAACAGACUGCAGAGCCGACAGACAAACGACUGGAGCUGAUGUUCUACCAGGUUCUCUGGAUUUUAACAGUCAUGUUUGUCAUCAUGUUUUAAACUAUCCUGAAGUCCAGACUUGAUCCUUGAUGGUUUACCUGUCUGAGACCAGAAUGUGGAAACGUCUGCUGGGUUCUUCUUCUGGUGUUCAGUUGUUUUACGUUCAUGAUGUUUGUACCAAAUUACCCUGUUUCUGAAUAAAGCAAAGUCUCAUCCA